UCACUUCUUUUCUUUUUAUUAUUUUCUACUCUUUGUACUCUUACGCGUUUUUCUCUCUUUUUGUGUACAAUGAACGAACAAGCAAACUACAUGAACCAAGUAACUGCUGGCAGUCUCGUAUUCGAUCAAGGAAUCUCUAUGCCUCAGACCGAACUAUUUCUUCCUUCACCUCCUAUAGACAUGUAUCUAUUCAACCAUACUCCCAAUUAUCAUCUAGAUACCUUUUAUCCUUCACAUCAUCAUCAUCACCAACAGCAACAACAACAACAGUCUUCUUUUCCAGAAUCAAAAAUAGAACAACCAAAGAAGAAGAGAUCAAGUCAUGAUACACGUCAUAUAGAAUGUUACAAUUGUCAUGUAACCAAGACUCCUUUAUGGCGUCGUACGCCAGAUCGCGUUCAUUCACUCUGUAACGCGUGUGGAUUAUACUAUAAACAGUACAAUAUGCAUAGACCAUUACAAGUUCGUCAAAAACAAAAUAAACAGCCUCUUUUACACGGUGAAAUGACUCGAUCUAUCACAAAGUCUAAAAGACCACGUGAAGAACAACAAGAGGAAUUAUCUAAAAAGGUACUGCUAUUAGAACAGAAGUCACUGAUAGAUCCUCAACAAGAUGACACCAAGUUCAAGUCAUUACUAGAUCGUAUGUCUACUGAGCAAAUGGAGAAAUUUUUAAACAUGUUGGAAAGAAGAUGUGCUAUUCUUCGGUCUAUUAUUUAUUCAACAGAUAAAGAAAUAAAUGUUUAUACUUUAUAAAGACUUUAAAAAU